AUGGUCGCCGUCUUCCCCCUCCUUCGUCGGUUCCAUGGUCGCCGUCUUCCCCCUCCUUCGUCGGUUCCAUGGUCGCCGUCUUCCCUCUCAGGUCAUCGAUUUUGUGAUUCAGAUAUAAACCCUAAUGAUUUUGUGCCUUCAACUUCGAAGCCUCCAAAGGUUAAAAUGGAUGGCGAUUCUUCUCAUGAAGGAAGCGACAACAUUGAUUGGAAUACUGACGAUGAGCUGGAGAUAGCUAAUAUUUCGCCAUCUUCCCCAGUUUCUACGAGUACUAAUGGAGCUGUUAUAUCUGAAUUCGGGGAGGUAUCAAGUUCUAGCAAAUGUCCCUCCAAGCUUCAGUUUAUGACGAUGGGAUUUCCUGAAGCAAUGGUGACUAAAGUCAUAGCGGAACUUGGAGAAGACAAUACUGAUGCCAUAGUAGAUACGUUACUUACAUAUUCUGUUGUUGAUGAGACCCCUAACCAAGAACGUGAACUCAAUGAUCCAUACCUGAAGUCUGAAAGCCAUCCUGAGAGCAAAUUCUCAGAUCUUGAUAGCAUUUGGAGUGAUGAAGACAGUGAUGAAUCUUUUGAAAAGGAUGAUCCAUUGGUGUGUCUUAUCGAUAUGGGGUACUCACCUGAAGAAGCUUCUGCUGCUAUUAGCAGAUGUGGAAAAAAUGCACCAUUAUCGGAGCUAGUAGAUUUCAUCAGUGCUGCUAAUGUAUCUAAAGAAUAUGAUGCGGAAAUGAACGCCAAUGUACUUGGAUCGUGCUCACAUCUAUUGCCAAAGGACAAGAAGAGGAAGUUUCAAAAAGACAACUUUUGGAGUAAAAACAAGAAGUUUGACAGAAAAAAUGAGAGCAAAAGUAAGGAUGAAGAUCACGAAGUCCUUCACCUUCCUAAUCCAAUGGUGGGAUUUGGGGUUCCUCGUGAACCAUUUCACGUGGUUCGCAGAACGCUUCCAGAGGCAGCCAUUGGCCCCCCGUUUUUCUACUACGAGAAUGUUGCUCUUACGCCAAAAGGGGCCUGGAAUAGAAUCAAGAGUUUUCUUUAUGAGAUAGAUCCUGAGUUUGUGGAUUCAAAAUUCUUCUGUGCUGCAGCUAGAAAACGGGGUUAUAUUCAUAACCUUCCUUUAGAAAAUAGAUUCCCUAUUCAACCACUACCUCCGCUCACAAUCUUUGAAGCACUUCCCGGAACUAAAAAAUGGUGGCCAUCAUGGGACAAGAGAGAACAAUUGAAUUGCAUACUGACCUGUAUAGGAAGUGCCCAACUUACAGAUAGGAUCAGAUUGGCCCUUGAGAAUUCCAACACCGAGCCUUCUUUACAUGUCAAGAACUACAUUAUUGGCCAAUGCAGGAAAUGGAACAUGGUGUGGACAGGAAAGACCAGAGUCGCACCCCUCGAACCUGAUGAGAUAGAGUUGAUAAUGGGGUACCCAAUCUACCAUACAAGAGGUGCAAGCAGAGUUGAAAGAUACAAAGGCCUCGGCAAUGCAUUUCAGGUUGAUACAGUUGCUUAUCAUCUGUCUGUGCUAAAGAACUUGUACCCCAACGGAAUGAACAUUCUUUCGCUUUUUUCCGGGAUUGGUGGGGCCGAAAUUGCGCUACACAAGCUCGGGAUUCCACUCAAUAAUGUGGUCUCUGUCGAGAAAUCGAUGGUUUGUAGAAACAUUCUUCAGGGGUGGUGGGAGCAAACCAACCAAAAGGGAAAUCUGGUUCACCUGUCGGACGUGCAGGACGUCACACUCAACAAAUUAAAUCAGUGGAUCGACUCUUUUGGCGGAUUUGAUCUCGUGAUCGGAGGCAGCCCGUGCAACAACCUUGCUGGCGGCAAUAGGAGGACCCGCGACGGCCUCGAAGGUGGGCACUCUUCUCUUUUCUUCGAUUAUUUUCGCAUUCUCGAUGGGGUGAAAAACCUUAUGAAAAAUAGAAGUUAG